AGGAGGAGGAGGAGAGGAGCAGUCAGCAGGCCCGAGGAGGCAGGACUUCCUGGUGUGGGGGUUGUCAACAGCCCAGAAAGAGAAAGACAGAAAGACAGAGACCAAGAGUAGAGGAGGAGAGACCGAACCAGCGGGGCCACGCGGAGGAGAUUAGGGAGACCCACCCGCUCAGACCGCGGAGGCCGGCCGCCCCCUCCCACAUCGGUUUCGACACCUUUGGGGCUUCAGAGGCCGCGCCUGGGCUCCACCGACGAGGCGCGGGUUCCUUCUUUUCAGGAGAACAAACUUUCCACAGAGAUGCCUCCCAGGGUGAAGUGCUGCCCCCGAGAAGGAUUGGGCAGCCUCUGAUCGCUGCUUGCGUGUUCCGCAUUGCCCGGGGCCGGGAGGCCCCAGGAAAGAACAGCCCGACAUCUUAGGCGCUGGGACCCCCCGCUCGGCUCUGUGGCGGAGGCCCGAGAGUUUGCAAACUCAGCUCUGGAGUUCGGCAGUGGCAGCAGCAGGAAAAACCUGCCCGGGCCCCCCCACCUCCCCGUCACCUCCCCUACCCUGUACUCACUUCACCAACCACGCACCCCCAGUUCCUGCAAGGCUCUUUUCUGCUAUGUCGGACCCAGACAUCCCUAGGGGCCCUGAUGCCCCCGCCAUGUGGCCCCCCUGUUCCAGGGGUGCCUGAGCCCCUAAAAGAGCCCCAGACUCUCAUCUCGGCCCAGUCCUGAGCCCCAGGAACCAUGAGUGGGGGCAGGAAGAAGAGUAGUUUCCAAAUCACCAGCGUCACCACGGACUAUGAAGGCCCAGGUAGCCCAGGAGGUUCAGAUCCCCCUGCCCUGCCGGCUCCUACUGGGCCCCCCCGCCUGCCCAAUGGGGAGCCCAACCCUGAUCCAGGGGGCAAGAGCACCCCCAGAAAUGGCUCUCCACCACCUGGAGCCCCUGCCUCUCGUUUCCGGGUGGUGAAGCUGCCCCACGGCCUGGGAGAGCCCUAUCGACGAGGUCGUUGGACGUGUGUGGAUGUUUACGAGAGAGACCUGGAGCCCCCAAGCUUUGGCCGGCUCCUGGAGGGAAUUCGAGGGGCCUCAGGAGGGACUGGGGGCCGAUCUUUGGAUUCCAGGUUGGAGCUGGCCAGCUUGGGCCUGGGUGCCCCUUCCCCACAAUCAAGCCUGUCUCAGGGCCCCUCCUCCUGGUUACGCCCACCCCCUACUUCUCCUGGACCUCAGGCCCGCUCCUUCACUGGGGGGUUGGGCCAGCUGGUGGUACCCGGCAAAGCCAAAGUGGAGACAUCCCCCCUGUCAGCCUCCCCACCACAGCAGCGCCCCCAAGAGCCUGGGACCAGGGAUAGCUUGGGCACUUCCCGGGCCACCACACCCCUGCCCUCCCUGAGGGUGGAAGUGGAGACUGGGGGCUCAGCAGCUGGAACCCCUCCACUGUCUCAACGGAAAGAUGGAGAUGUGCGACUGAGGAUGGAGUUGGUUGCUCCAGAGGAGAUGGGGCAGGUGCCUGCACUUGAUUCUCGCCCCAGCUCCCCGGCAUUCUACUUCUUCCCUGAUGCCAAUCAGGUUCACAAGUCUCCAGACCCCUUUGGGGCAGCAGCAGCCCAGAGCCUCAGCCUGGCCCGCUCCAUGUUGGCUAUCAGUGGUCACCUGGACAGUGAUGAUGAUAGUGGCUCCGGAAGCCUGGUUGGCAUUGACAACAAGAUCGAACAAGCCAUGGACUUGGUGAAGUCCCACCUCAUGUUUGCGGUCCGGGAGGAGGUGGAGGUGCUGAAGGAGCAGAUCCGGGACCUGGCUGAGCGGAAUGCUGCACUGGAGCAGGAAAAUGGACUAUUGCGUGCUCUGGCCAGCCCAGAGCAGCUGGCCCAGCUGCCUUCCUCGGGGGUCCCACGGCUUGGGCCCCCUGCGCCCAAUGGGCCCUCCGUCUGAGCCUCCCUUCCCUCACAAUGUGCCUUUGGGGCUGCCAGGCCUCGUGCCAGCUGCCUGCCCACUCUUCCUAUGCAGCUUUAAUGUCCCCUGGACCCCAGAGUGGGAGUUUAAGGCUCAGUACUGGCCUGUCCCACCAUCCUACCCCAAUCUCCCCUUUGUCCCCUUGAUGGAGGACAGAGGGCUUCAAGAUGGGGUGUUAGAUGGAGCCCUUUCCAUGAGGGAUUCCCAGUCCCCCCUUCCCUCAUUAGUACCCCCAGUGGUAGAUGGCUUGGGGGACUUGGAGGCUCCCUGGCAGACACCCUAUCCCCACCUUGUUCCCUCAAAGUGCCCCCUCUCCUCUGCCUAGGGGAGGGAGUAUGGACAGUAUCUGGAAGUUCUGGGAUUCAGGUUGUUAUUAAAAUAAUAAUAAUAAUUAAAAAGUCUGAAGAAACUUGAA